AUCUGUCGAAUAAUAAAAAAAAAAAAAAAAAACAGUUAGCUCCAUACCGUCACAGUGGCAGGACAUUCAGUGUUGUGUUCUUCCAACCCGAUGAAGUUUGAAAAAAUUCCGUUUUCUACGAAGAAAGAAAACAGUCCUACAGGAAGCAAAUAGGAAAAUGGGAAGUUGUAUUUUUUGUUAAUCUGGAAGAGGCACGACUGAAGAGGAACUAUGAACAUCUGGUUAUUAAUUAUUACUUUCAUGGCGUCGUCUACAUCUCUCGGGAUGGCCAGGAUGGCGAUUGAGUGUAGACGUAAGGGCGGGAUUUGCAAAACCAAAUCUUUGAAUAAGUGCAAAAGGCUCACGGGAGAGUGUGCCGAUGGAGGCGUCUGCUGUAGGAGAGACAAGCCGUCCACAAGGAGAAUGUGUCGACAGAGAAGCAGCUGCACCAAGCAAGGAGGCAGAUGCAUACCGCGGGAUGAAACUUGCUCCAAGAUAUCCAGUGAUAACCUCUGCAAGGGUUUCAGUUGCAAAUGCUGUCUGGGGAACAGUCCUUCCUGCGCCAUCACCCCGGGCUGCCAUCUCAGGGGAGGGUUCUGCUUCCACGGAUCUGCAAAUGACAUCUGCGAAGACGGCACCAUUGUGAAGAACGAAUGUCAGGGAGAAGACUGCGCUUGUUGCAUCCCCAAGUCAGGUUCUUGUCGCUGUGGACUGGCUAAUGACGCCCGUAUCAUAGGGGGUCAAGAGAUAUCUCCUUACUACAAGUAUCCUUGGCUCAUCGGCAUGCUUCGACCUAGAGCAUACAAAAAUGAGUUUUACUGUGGCGGAUCUAUCAUCAACCGGAAUUAUGUUCUCACUGCAGCGCACUGUCUACUGGGCGAUGACGAUCUGCCUUUACCGGCCAAGGAAUUUCAAGUAGGAAUUGCCAACCACGAUUUCAAUUCUGAAGAUGACGACAUACCGGGCGUCACUCGGGCGGUGGAUGUGAAGAGUUACAUCAUCCACGAGGAUUACGUCCCUCAGGAUCUUACCGAUAACAACAAAGACAUCGCUCUCCUGCUUUUGAAAGAGUCAUUGGAUGUGGCAACACGCCCGCAAGUUCGGCCAGUGUGUCUGCCUUCUGACCCCAACAGGAAGUAUGAAGGAGAGACAGGGACGGUGAUAGGCUGGGGAGACACGAAGAACGGGAAAGGGGUGUAUCCAGACGCUGCCAGGGAGGUCAACGUACCCAUCAGGGACUGUAAACUGGAUAAAAUAGCCGGUUCUCCCAUCACCCCCCAAAUGAUGUGUGCAGGGAGGAAGAAGUCAAAGAACAAGAGCGCAAAGGGUGCCUGCUUUGGCGACUCUGGGGGGCCGCUUUUCGUACAGGAGGAAGGGAGAAGCACCCAGGUAGGGAUUGUCUCCUUUGGGCAAAGUUGCUUUAAACCGACUGUUUACGUUCGAGUAACCGAGUUCCUUGCUUGGAUCAGCGAUAACACUCCUAAUGAGAUUUACUGCCAGUAGAAUGCUAUGGUAAACAAACAGAGGAGCGCAUACAUCUCUAACGAUGUAAUUGAGAGAUACUUGGUACUAAGUUAUAAAUAAAACUAUACUGCAUAUUUCAUACAAGAUUAUGCAGAAAUUAGCUUUUAGUCUCUUAUUGCUCAUAUAUGUUCAUAACAUUUAUACAAGCUGUACAUCCUAUUUUGAGUUUGAGGUUUAACGUCCUUUUAGACUAACAAAAAAAAGAAAGUUACUAUUAGAGAGAAGAGAGAGGAAACAAAACCACACAAAGAAUCAAGCAAAGGUAAUAACUAAAUGUUAUUUAUACCACAAGUUUAUUAACUUUCUUCACGUGUGUCCUCAUGAAGCACAGAUUCCCAGGAACUUCAAUUGACAGAGGCCUAAGACACUGUCAAACAAGGCAAGUUAGGAACUUCGGCCAUCCACUAUGGAAACCACAGUGGCGUGUUAGCAUUUCAUCAACAAGUUCUGUUCUUGGAGGGUCAACAUAACAGCCUAGCAGGAGAAUGUUCUUAUACAUCCACGUGGCUUCUUUCUGACUCUCCUUGUUGGUGAAAACGAAGAAAAAAACGUCUAUAAUUUUUUCCCCAAGAGGUUUCCCAUCAUUGCUAUUCGAAACUUCCGACUUUCCUUAACAGUGCAAAACCGAAGAGACAGCAGCCCAAGGUUGUCUAUCACCUGGGGGAGUCAACAGAGAUAAUGUGUAAAGUCAUUUUGAACGUAAAUACUUCAAAAAAUCCAUUUUAAAUAGGAUCUAAUAAACAUUCACUCACAGCGAACUUGUGACGAGAAUAAUUAAGAAGCUACACCAAACAACAUUUUUUCAAAUACAAUUGCCAAUAUAAUGGAAACGUAAUUUUUUAUCAUGUGCCCUGGUAUCAAUAGUUAUAUACUUUAUACCAAUAUUACUUUUUGCAUUAAGAUAACAACUGAUAACUGUAUUUCCCAUAAUGGUCUUUGUGUUUUGUUACAUUUCUUGUUACAGCAAUAAAAUAUAUUACUGAAUUCGUUUCACCAUAAAAUCUAAUGUAAUGUGUUAUUAUUACCGCUGAUCAUUGAAUAUUUAUGUUGUUUGUGUGCAUAACUGACUGCGUUGUAAUGUUUCCUCAUAAAACACUCAUUUUAAA